AUGUCAAAAAAGGAUCAAGUAUCUAUGUUCAUUGACGAUAGCACGCUCUCCGAAAUUUUAAAUGUUGCCGAUCAUACCGAAAACCAAACCAUUGGGAACAUUUCUGCUACCAUUCAAAGGAUAUCAGGUUUCUGUACAAACGAGAAAAUUAUCCUAAAUCCAAAGAAAACCAAAGAAAUGAUCAUUGAUCUUCGUCCACAAAGGAGUAAUAUCCCUAAUGCUUCUUUUAAUGAACGUAUAGUCGAAAGAGGUACAAGUUAUAAACUUUUGGGAACGCGGAUAGAUAACGAUUUUAAAUGGAUCAGCAACACGGAUUUCAUUAUUAAGAAAGGACGAGGCAAAAUAAUCUAUUAUCUUAAAGUUCUAAAGAACUACGGCGCACCAUCACAUG